GGAGGAAAAGGAGAAUGUUUUUAAAAGAGGCUGCCUCAACCAGGCUGCAUCAUUGAUGAAACAUUUAUCGCCUGCUUACACUUUGCUUGCCUCUAGAUGAGGCUGGUGCUGCUGGCAGCUUUAGUGAUUUAGAUUUAAGGUAAUGCAAAGAAAUGCUGCAGGCAUCUUGUGCAGAACAUUCAGUCAACAGGAACCAAAAAUACAAAUGGAGCCAAGCAACAAGCUUUGAUGGAAGAAUUUCAAGCUUUUGUUUGCUGCUGUAAUUCUCAGUUUGCCUGUUCUGCUUGAAUUGCAGAACAUUGCUGUCUACCAUCUGCUACACCUGCAUUUGAGAGAACCAUGAUUCCAACAGCAGCAAUCUACAGGCAGGCUCUGAUAUACUAACAGGAGUUGAAGAACAAAAAUCAGAUGAUUCUGCUUUCAACAUGAUGAAUAAGGAUGUCUGGCCAUAGUGGAUAUGACAAACGGCGCUGAUGCACAAGUUUGCCAUGGACUUCACUACAAACGUUUGGGCUAAUUGUACAUACUUGCAUGUAAACUAAUCAUCUAAAUGGAUCUCAGACGUGGGAACAAUUGUGGGAGGACGAACAUCGCCACAUAUUAAGGAACAUCUCACAUCCACACAAACAUAUUGAACAAGACUAUGGAGCUCUUUCUAAUUUUUCUGAGAGAACUACAUAAAAUGCUUCCCUGGGCUGCAGCAUGUGGACUCUACUGGCUAACCUGCUCUGUGAAAAGGACUGUAAACCUGUGUGUUUGAGUGUGUCUGUGGUUGUUAACGAGUGUUUGUGUAUGCCCAUCGUGGUAUGACACAUUGGAAGUGAGAGGGGAAGACAUUUUCGGACUAUCCUUUCUUUACAAUGAGAGUUCUAGCUGGCGUGGCUGCAGUUUCCUGUCUUAGUCCCCUGGUGGUCUUCCUAUGUGUUGUCUCCCAGAGUUGUUUUGGGACCCAGGUCGGUCUGAGCCCUAACACUAACCCCAACCCUAACCUGUACCCUAAUCCCUGGGUCAAGUCACUGCCUAAACCAACACCAUUCCCAAAUUCUAGCCCUAAAAAACAUAUGUCUCCACUGAAGCCCAACCAGAAAUUCCGGAGCAAGACUCAGUCAAAGCCAAGGCUUGACGCCAUGCUGUAUCUAACUGACAGCCUUCAGUUUGACUCAAACCUUCCCUCAACAAUCUCCCAAGCCACAUCAAGCUCAAAUACUAGAGUCGAGCUACAGAAUUUGUCCAAACAGAGUUCUAAUUCAAGACAAGGUUUGGCAUACCAAUCAAAUUCUAAUGAAGAAGCGACCAAUGCCAACAACAAUUCAAACCAGACUUCAAAAGUCAACCCCAAAAUCAAUCCAAAGCCAGGGAUUGGCCCACUGUCACGGCCCAAUCCCAAGACACUCUCCAGCUCUAAGGUAGUGAAUGGGCCUAAGACCAAUUCGGAGUUGGUCCCCAACACUAGAUUACCUUCACAAUCCAAUCUUUAUCAAAGGUCCAACUCAUCUCGUACAAUAAAGCCCAGCACCUACUCCAGUGCCAGCCCAGUUUUACUAUCAAAUCCUCAAUCCUAUUCCAAACUCAGACCUUCUUCACAAACAAUUAUGAAUGCCAAAUCCUACUCCAAGAUCUCCAACUCAAACUCAAGAGCACAGAGGAACCAGACCAAGUUGUCUGCCAUAGACAACGAUUCUCACCAUCGACCAAAGAGAGGCUGGAUCUGGAACCAGUUCUUUGUUCUGGAGGAACACAUCGGACCUGAACCUCAAUACAUUGGAAAGCUCCACUCCAACGCUGACAAAGGCAACGGUUCUGUGAGAUACAUCCUGUCUGGCGAGGGGGCUGGGUCUAUCUUCAUAAUUGACGAGACAUCGGGUGACAUCCACGCGGCCAAGAGCCUGGACCGAGAAAAGAAGUCCCAGUAUGUCCUACACGCAAGGGCAAUUGACUGGAGGACAAACCGCUCGCUGGAGGCGGAGUCAGAGUUCAUCAUCAAGGUCCAGGAUGUCAAUGACAAUGCUCCAACAUUCCCUGAUGGACCCUUUUCAGCAACUGUGCCUGAGAUGACUGAUGCUGGGACAUCAGUUUUCCAGGUGACAGCCUCAGAUGCAGAUGACCCAACCUAUGGGAAUAGUGCCAAGAUAGUUUACAGCAUCCUGGAAGGGCAGCCCUACUUCUCUGUUGACUCCAAAACAGGUAUCAUUCGUACAGCGGUGUCAAACUUGGACCGUGAGUCCAGGGACCAUUAUGCUGUGGUGAUCCAGGCUAAAGACAUGGCGGGCUCUGUUGGAGGACUGUCUGGAUCCACUACUGUCAACAUCACCCUCACCGAUGUCAAUGACAACCCUCCAAAAUUUUCACAGAAGAGCUACCAGCUGUACGUACCAGAGCUGGCUCCAGUAGGGAAGGCAGUUGGUCGGAUCAGAGCCAACGAUGAAGAUGAAGGGCAGAACGCAGAGAUGACCUAUAGCAUCACUAAUGCAGAUGCAGCUGCUAUCUUCACCAUCACUACUGAUACUGAUCGCAGGGAGGGAAUCAUUUCCCUCAGGCAGCCUCUGAAUUAUGAGAAGAGAAAAGUUCACACACUCAACAUCGAGGGCUCCAACACUUACCCAGACUCACACUUCUCCCACCUGGGACCAUUUAAGGAUUCCACAUCACUGCGAGUUAUUGUGGGUGAUGUGGAUGAGCCUCCAGUCUUCUCCAUGGACUACUACAUCAUGGACGUGUAUGAAAACUCACCUGUUGGCACCCAGGUUGGCACUGUAACUGCCAUGGACCCUGAUAGCACCAACAGCGCUGUCAGGUACUUCAUAGAAAAUGAGGAGGAAAGACCCCUGUAUUUCACUAUCGGUGUGAACAGUGGCAUCAUCAGGACUACACAGGUUCUGGACCGGGAGGGGACGGCAUGGCACAACAUCACUGUGAUGGCUGCAGAGGUUGAUAACCCUCGUUUGGUGAGUCACGUCCCAGUCACCAUCCAGGUUCUAGAUGUCAAUGACAACAUUCCAACCAUCUCUGGGGGCAACAACAUCGUCAUAGUAUGCGAGAGCACCAAAACUGGACAGGUGAUUCAGACCAUCCGAGCUUCAGAUCUAGACAACUUUGCAAAUGGAAAGUUUUCCUUUGAUGUGCCUGCUGAGCAUCCAGCCAAUCCGAAUUUUACCUUGAAGGAUAAUGGAGACAACAGUGCCAGUAUAGUAUCUCGACGGCGCGAUGGUUUCAGCCAGGACAGAGACCAGGAGUACUUCAGCCUGGUGCUGGUGGUGGCCGAUGGCGGGGAGCCUCCUCUGAGCAGCACUGCCACACUAUCUCUCAGGGUCUGUGUGUGUCAGAGGAACACUAGAGGGCGUAACAGCAACAUCUGUCAGGCCCAGGCCUUUCUGUCUUCAGCUGGCCUUAGCACUGGUGCUUUUGUGGCCAUACUGCUAUGUAUUGUCAUAUUAUUAGCCAUCAUAAUGCUGUUCACCCAGCUGCGAAACAAGAAAGCAAGUAAAGAGCCCUUGAUUCUCUCUGAAGAGGACAUCAGAGAAAAUGUGGUGACCUAUGAUGACGAGGGAGGAGGGGAGGAGGACACAGAAGCUUUUGACAUUGCUGCACUACGAAAUCCCAAAGUGUCAGAGCAUCACAGGAAGUUCCACACCUACCUUGGCUGUGGACCAAGCCUAUACGGAGAGGAGGAUGAGGCAGAGGAUGAGGAGGAUGGGAUUGUGGUGUUGAGGAGAAGGAAAGCACAGGAGUUGGAUUACAGGAGCUACAGCCCAGAGUCAGAACCUGCCUGGUUUGUCAUUGACUGCUUUCCGCAAGAGAUCAGCCAGUCAGCGCCUUCGCUUCUGCUUGAUAGUCAUGACAUCAUUCAGCAGAUUCUCCAGCAGAAGGUGGCUGAAGCAGACUCUGACAAACGGGGCCCGCCAUAUGACUCACUUCAAACAUACGCCUAUGAAGGCCGUGGGUCCUUGGCUGGGUCAGUCAGCUCUUUGGGCCUGAAUGCAGCAGUGCCCGAAUUGAACUAUGCCGACUUGGAAGACUGGGAGCCAGAGAGGCAAACACUGGAAAGAAUUGUUGGAGACCAGUUGGUGAUGGUCCAAGCUCACCCUGACACCUAAAGUUUUCUUUUUUUUUUACCUUUUGUCAGAUUUGUUGAAAAAGAAUGCUUUUUACUUGUGCCACUUCACCCUUGGUGUAAGGAUGUAAAAACUACUACUGCAAAAAGCUGGCAUUUAGAAACUGUGAUAUCAUGUGAAAUAUCCAAUAAGAAUAAGGAUAAGAAAAGCCAUUCACUGUUGUACAAGUAACUAGAGAGAAGAACACGCCACCUGAGGGGAGGUUUGGGGGAAAACGUACUAGCACAAGUGCUUUUCUGAUAUGAGGAACAGAAUGUAAACAGAAGAUCAGAGUGUUAAACUGAUCAGGUCAGUUUGCAAAUAGAUUUCUCCCUCUGCUUUGCUUGUUAUGUGUUUUAUUGGAAAGUUGUCUAAAGGAUUCUGGUCUUGAUCUUCAUUAUUACUGAAACUACAGUUAUUAGAGGUUCAGCCAAUCAUCCAUUGGCUUGAAUAAUGAGAAUAUGGCAGAUUUGUUAUUGAAGACAAAAUUAGUCGACAGUCAUUUGAGUGGUAAUUAUGAAUAAAGAUGUAGUUAAAGCUGAAGAUCCCACUGAAAGGCACACAAGUUGCAGAUGUUCCAAAUG